UGCAAUACAUAUUGAGACCGACCAUCGUCAGUGAUGUUUGUGUAUUUUCUGCUUCAAUUAUUCUCGAUCAAACUGUCAAAAUAAUGCAGUAUGGAGAUUAUCAGGCGAAUCGUUGCACGAAUGAAACUUCUGAGGAGAUAUAUGAUCAGCACAAAUACAAGACAGCGCAUGGUGGCUCUGAUCUGCUGUGUAUUUCUCGUUCAUCUACUUGCUUUGACGUUUGGACAAACACUGAUUUUUAUGUGUGGGACUGCAUUGGGGGUGUUCUGUGCUGUGAAGCUUCGGGAAAAGCCCUCUGUUGUUCAGUGGGAAAGUGUCAUUCCUUUCCUUCCCCAUGUUGCAAAAGACAGGGAUCUUCUCCAAAUCGACAGUGAAAAGGAUAAAGGUGAUGACAGAAAUACAGUAAAUGGAGCUUGUGAAGAGUUAAAAGAAACCAUUCAGCCAAUAAGAACAACUUUCCAAAAUGAAAUCAACAAAUACGUUCGACUGAUGUUGCGUGACUUUGUUGUUGAAUGGUACAGGCUUUUAAGCGAUGAUGAUCAGUUCUCUCACAAUGUAUUUCUACAUUUCAAGGACAUGAUAAAGAACAUCCAAAGUAGAUUUCUCAAAAUUGAUCAAAGAACUUUUCUUUGCAUUCUCCUUCGUGAGCUCCAAGCUCACAUUGACAUAUAUCGCAGACUACAAACAAGCCGAUCUCGCUUGGCCAGUAAAUCUAGUAAGCUAGGGCGGAUCGCUAAGAAACACUCUGUUGUGUCCAUUUAUGAAACCUUUGCGACCCUCCAUCCAGCAUUGCAGAAUGAAGAUACUGAGAAAGAUCACCUCUCGCAGUUAUCUAAUGCCUUGAUUCUUUCCCUCUUGCCAUCUGAUGUGAUUCACUGCGAUACUCUAGUGUUCCUCUUGCAGGACAUCCUUAUCAACAAUGUCCUGCAGCCUCUGGUAAAUCUCAUUUCGGAGCCAGACUUCUUAAAUGAGGCAUUCAUUCUCCUGAUGAUAGAUGAGCCACUGGGGGAGGGCAAGCAGAAUUCAUCUGAAAGUCUUGUGAAACAGGAACCAACACACACUACUGAAAUCAAAUGUGAAAUUGAAAGCAAGUGUGAUAAAGAUCUCCAAGACAAUAGACCUAGAAUUGACAUGGAAAGUCCUGAUAUUGCUGUAUCGCCUAGUACUGCAGAUUCUUGGGACUUGGGGCAAAAUGCCAGUACUUCAACUCAUGGACAGAACAGCUUACUGGAUACAGAGGUCAAUCUACAACAUUCCCCUGAUAACAGUGGAGAUGAAAAGACAGAGGUUGAGAAGCCAACACCAUCUCCAUUUGAAGUCAUUGAGCCUCAACAACAGUUCAGCUUUCCCAUGCCAAUGACGAUGCUAGAGCCUAGUAAGGCCAUUUCAAGGCAAGCAGAUGAAAAGGCAUCCAAAGAAGAUGAACUAGAUCAGACAUUUGGAGAGCUGGAUUUUCCAAACUUUGAACCAAUUGUAAAAGUCAAAUCUCAUCGGCGGUCUGCCUCCACGGGUUCGAAUGUCCUAGCCAUUCAGACUCCAGUGUCACAAUCGGUUGGGAGUUUCCAUGACCAUAAGGGAAAUGAUGCUUCUUUCCAGACACCCAGAAAUGAAGGUAUGAGGUCUUGCUUCAGUGCUGAGUGCCUUACAGAGUUAGAGGAUUCUGUCUUGACUUCUCAAGGGACGCUACCUCACAUGGGGCAAUCAUUCCAAUCAGCGUCUUCUCUGAGCAGUUCAUGUGAGAUAUCUUUCAGCUCUAUGCAGGAUGAGCCAGACACUGAUGGACACCCAGUUAAUGCAGAGGCAGAUAUUGGACUUGGUUCUCCCCAGAGGACUUCUCCUAGUCACAGGUAUCCCCUCAUCAGAAGUGAAACGGCUCCAGAGCUGCUUCAUCCUGCACCAGAUAUCCUGGACGACAGCAAUGGUAGUGAAAUACCCUUAGAAUGGGCCACAUGGAGAGUUAUCAACCUGAACAUUCCUACUACCAGCUGGCUAGGUGAUCCCAAAGGAAAGAAACCUGUUGUCUACUUCAUCAUUAAAUAUGAUCUAUUGAAGAAGCCUACAUUGUCUGAUGAAAUGAAACCAGCGUACAGUAGCAAGGAUGAGAUGGAAGUCCGGAGGCGUUACAGGGAGUUUGUUAAUCUGCACACUAGAAUUACAAACAGUCAUCAUCUCAGGAGGAAUAUGACUGGCAUUGGAAGCAUUCCUAAGCAGUCAAUGUUGCCAAUCAGUAGGCUAAGCCCUGCCAUGGAGGAGCAGAAGAGAUCCUCAUUGGAAACAUACCUCAAGCAAUUAUUGAGUCGUCCUGUCAUUCACAAUAGUAGAGAGAUGGCUGAGUUCUUGGCCAUCGAUGGAGAUGGUCAUAUAGAGUUUGUGAAGAAAACUACCAGUAAACCUCUAAGAAUCGAUAAGCUUCUGAUCAAUCAGGUAUCAGGCAUCGUUGGUACUAUAAAAACCAUCCUCCCUGAACGACCAGUGAUGAUGCGGCCCUUCCAACCACAGCCACCAACAGCUUCCUCAUUGGUAACCUCUGCACGUGUGGACCCACCAAAGCAAAUGAUGCAGUCAUAUGAACAGAGUGGGCCAAUGACAGAAGAGACUGAGGUAUCAAGACAGCAUCUGGAAGGAGAGGACCAACUGGAUCUUGGUGUAGCAGUUGAUGCAUCAAGGAUCAGACUCUUUGGCUUGGAUGAUUUAAAAGAGUCCCAUGUACAACAGGCCAUGAAGUUCCUGAUCAGCGAGAAACACUCCCAGUUCAGCCAACAUGCACCAUCAGGCAAUGAUCCACCCAGAGAAUACAGCAAGGUGCUUCUUGGGCCCAGGUCAGAAGGCGAUGGUUCAGAUGCUCCCAAUGAACCCCAUCACGAAGGGUCAAAGCUCAAGAAGGAUCAAGAGAGGUCAGAGGUCAAUGUGGAGGUUUAUGACGCUAUCUUUGGGGUAAUAAGUGAAGCUCUUCUGAAUCAGCAGAGUUUUAUCCUGGACAAGGACCUACGGGGGACCCUGAAGAUUCUCAUAGGAGACCUGAUUGAUAAAUGGUUAUUACAGGAGGUGGAGCUAUUAUUCACAGAGGCUCAGUGGGGUUACUACCUGUCACUACUACGUGAUCUUCUGUGGCCUGGUGAUGUAUUUCAUCCAAAGGAACGAGAAACUAAGACACCGGAUGAGAUCAAUCAAACAAAGGCAGAUGCACUCCAUGAGCUUACUCAUAAUCCUGCUGCAGCUGUUCUGAGUGUUAUUCUUGGAGAAGACCAUCUUCGUGAAGGAAUCUCACUGGUCCUGGACUCCUUGCAGGAUCAAGCACUCAACAAGCAUCUCCUAUUCACUUUCUUAGAUCAUGCCAUGGAUCAGCUAGUACCAGAGAUACAUGAUGCUAAGUUUCAAGACCUUUUAGCUGCUAUGCCAUGAUCACCACAUGAGUAAACUAUCAUCAUUUCAAUAUCUUUUCUCAUUUCUUUUUUUUUUGGGGGGGGAGGUUCCGUGUAUUUUAAAAACUAUUUCAAAUAAAACAUUCAUAUUAUCUAGUACCUUGUAUCAGAAACAAAGUCAAUAAAUUCUGCAAUCAAUUGCAAGUCUCUGAUACAUGGUUUGCUAUAGAUAUAUGAAAGAUGGGGGCGUUGUGGUCUAGUGGUUACGACUCUCGUCUUUCAUUCAGAGAGAAAAAAUAUCUCAAACAUGAAUUUGUACAAACAGUGAGAGGUUGUAUGUGAGGGACCAAUAUAGCUUUCGAAGAGAGAUUUCUGGGGAGAAUUUCGUGAAGAAUUUAGUCAAUAAUUUUCUUCUUUUUUUUUUACAAAUCAAAUAGGGUCUGACGUGCGCUCACAAAAUGUUGCAUAAUUUUGAGCCCUGAACCCAGCAUAGCAGAUUAGCACCCAAAUUUGCGCAAGACUAUUUAAAAGAAAAAAAAUCAUGAAGCAGCUUGACACAAAUUUAUUGCAAAAUAGUGUCAAAGGGCUCAAUGCACAUUAUGCUAUUAGGCUAAUCUUAUGUAACUGUGAAUGUAUGAUUGAACAUUUUGAGCACAUACCAAAGAUAUACUUUGUGCCUGAUAUUUAUUAACUUACAGGGUUUAGUAUCAUGUACAGUACACCUCGCGUUUGGUUUUAUUCUGUUAACUACUGUAACAUGUCAUUCCCUUAUAUGCUUUCCACACGGACCAUCAGGCUCCAGUAGCAGGCAACGGAUCAAAUGAUUUGCUAGAUGUGUUUACAUUCCAAAGAUUCCUACCACACAUGAAAUUCCAUUGGAGUACCAUUCAACCAGUUUUGUAAUAUUAUUUUUACCUCAUUCCAACACUAACUUGAAACAUACCUCAAUAUGGUAGAGAAUGUUGCUGCCAUCAAUGCCAGUCUAGUGUGGCUCAUCUUCAGCACAUUUGGCAAACACUAAAUACCUUUUUUCUUCAUUCAUCAUCCGUAGAUAAGAUAUUCCUUUUUUUGGAGCAUCUGAAAAGUGAUGCAACUGGUAGUUAGUUACACUCCCAAAGUCAUGUGGCUUAUAACAUCAGUUCAUCUGAAAGUCCUCCAUCUGAUAUAGUUCUGCAUUUCAGAAUGCCACUUAGCUUAAAGGCCAGUAUAAAUAAUUGAAUUUAAGAUAAGUAAUUUUACUCACAUUAUUUGGCUUAUAUCAUGAAAUGAAACAAAACAAAAUACAACUUGUGGCAACACUAGUGAAAUAUACUAGUAAAAUAUUAUGUAAAAUUAGCAAGAUGCUAGUUGGAAAUAAGAACAUUUCCUAUUUUCAAUAUCUGACCAUUAAAGGAAACUCUUCAUCGAAUCAUAAUACGUUGCAAUGAUUUAAUGAGGAGAAAAAAAAGUUAUUGAAUAUUUCAUGUCAUAGAAUGCAAAGUAAUAACGAGUGGGUGACAUCAUUUGUGCUCUCAUUUGCAUACCGACCAGGAUGUGCAUAUAAUAACUUAUUUGUGAAAGUAAGUGAAAUGUUAAAAUAUCUUAGUUUACAGAAUCCCAUUUUGAUGAAAUUUUCAGUUACGCUUGUUUGUUGAUUUUUUUCCAAAACAACUCUUUGUUGGGGUGUUUUCCCUUUGAACAUGAAAAUAAAGUGUUAUUUACAUAGUUUCUUUACUCAAUUAAAUACACACAGUCACUAUUGUGUCACAAUUUGUAUCUAUUUCUUUGAAAUAGAAAUCAUCUGGCACUAUUCCAUUCUUUACAUUGAACAUUAAUGUGCAAUUUUCUUUAUUAUUUUUCCUAUACUCAUGUGUUAUUGGUGCAAUCAUUUUCCAAAUUUCUUUUGGACUAUUAUGAAAUUGCUUUUUCCAUUUAUUUUUUUUGCCUCUGAAUGCAUAUUGGGGUCCUUUGUCAACCAUACCACUGUGCUGAUUUUCUUGAUAAAUUUAGACCAUGUGUCAUGUGAACUUCAAACUUCUCUCAUGUAUGCAGGCAGGCAGACCUUCAAUUUAGAUAUUCCUGGCACCAGGUCAAUUUGCCAGCAUUAGAAGACAAAUGUCUUUAUUACAGCAUAAAUGGGGAAUUUAAAAAAAAAUUACACACAAAUAUCCAAGACCAACAGGAAGGGGCAUUGAGGCCAAUCAGUUGCGCAUCCAAGUCCAUGCACUUGUUGGUCUUGAACUUCAUGUCUUGUUGAUGCAUUUAGACAGAAAAAUUAUCUUUUUAAUCAUCAGAGUAUCAAGGUCAAAGUUAAGUUGUGUAAGGUUUUAAUACUAAUCUAGAGGUAAAUAUCAUAUAUUGAUUAUAUCCGACAAUGGUGUAUGCACAAUUUCUGCUAGCAUUUGAGAAUCUAUUAACUCUUCUUAUCUUUUGUUAUUUUCUGAAUUUUUAGCCUUAAUUUUAUGCUUGAGGUAUAUUUAUUGAACUUAUAGGGAACAUCUCAUUAGUAAAUAUAGUGCUAGUACCAUAUCAUUGUCCAUUGCUUGUACAGGUAAAUUUGUCUUAGUAAAUUAUUAUCUGUUCGACUCUGGAAAAAUUCAACUUAGAAAUGGUACAACUCAUGUUUUGUAUAUGAAAUAUUUAUCUGAUCAUUUUAUUAGAUCAUUCUAAUUUUGAUUAUGAAAGUUAAAGAACUUGAUUAUAACCAUUGUAUUUAUCCCAUCUUUUGACUUUUUGAUUUGGUAGGUGUUGAUUUUGGGGCAUUUAUUUUUUCCCCUUAAGUUCACUUUUACAAUCUUUAAUAUAUUUUUUUUUAUUUUGUAUUUCACUGACCUUAUUCAGAGCAUGACAUUACUUGAUCUAAUGAUUCUAAUCAAACAAAAAGUGUACAAAAAAAGAAAAAUGAAGUCACCAUUUUCCCAAAUCUCAUUACUUUGUCAAUUCAAGGUAUUGAAGUCUUUUGUUUUUUCCCCAUUUUUUAAGGGUAAACCUAUCUAAAUGUUUACAAGAAAUGUAAUCAAGGAUAGGAGAUAGUAAGCAUAGUAUCAUUUUUGGACCAAAUUUGCCACAUUGUAUCCAUGAAUUAGCAUUUUUACAAUGGGUUGGCUAUGAUUGAUUCAUAAAAAAGAAUGUUUAAAGGAGAAUGAAACCUUUGGAACAAAUAGGCUUGUGUAGAAACAGAAAAAUCAAAGAAUAAAAAUGAAGAA